AUGUCAACGUCUUUUUUACAAUGGGCAAAAUCACCCGCUGCUAGACAAUAUUUCUUCAGUACACACUUUUGGGGACCUUUAGCAAAUUGGGGUCUUCCUCUAGCUGCUCUGGCUGAUAUCGUCAAUAAAGAUGAAGAGUUCAUUUCGGGUGUCAUGAGUCCAACUCUUGCCGGGUAUUCUAUGAUCUUCAUGCGUUUCGCUUGGCGUGUUCAACCUCGUAACUACCUCCUCUUCGCUUGUCACGCUACCAAUGCCACCGCUCAAACUGUUCAAAUGGGUAGAUGGGCAAAGUAUUGGUAUGGUGGUGGAAGAGAAGCUCGUAUGUCUGUGCUGGAUAAGGCAGAGGAGAAAGUGGAGCAAGGAGUUGGAAAAGUCACAGAGGCUGUGAAGGCUUAG